AUGAAUUUCUUGCUCGCUGCAGCAAUUCUUUGCUGCGUCUCGAUCGAUAAUGUGGCAGCUUUCUACCUACCUGGAGUUGCACCCUCCUCCUACUCCGAGGGCGACCGAGUCCCCUUGACAGUCAACGCCCUUACUCCUUCGAUAUCACGCCACGACGAGCAGAUCCAUGCCGUGGUUUCCUAUGACUACUACCAUCCUGCAUUUCGGUUUUGUCGGCCGGAAAACGGGCCACAACGUGUUCGAGAGUCGCUGGGGAGCAUAAUAUUUGGGGACCGUAUCCAAACGUCGCCUUUCGAAUUGAACAUGGGACAGAAUGAAACCUGCAAGGUGAUCUGUGCCAGCGCGGACUUUGACGAGAAGUCAGUCGGCUUUGUCAGGUCAAGGAUCAAUGAGGCUUACAAUGUCAACUUGCUCGUCGAUGGGCUACCUGCGGCCGAGUUGAGAGAGGACCCGCUCACACAUGAACGAUUUUCCAGCCCUGGCUUCCCUUUAGGCAAAGUGAGAGAAGACGGCGCCGUCAUACUGAACAAUCAUUGGGACAUCAUUGUCGAUUACCACAAGGCUGGUCUCCGAGGCACGAAGUAUCGGGUCGUGGGCGUUCUGGUCCAGCCGCAGUCAUAUGCAGAGUCGAAAGUGACGGGGCCAGGGAAAGCCGAAUGUGCUGUUGACUCCGGACCGUUGAUGCUGCAAGAUGGAGCAGGAACAAAGGUCACUUAUACAUACAGCGUUUAUUGGCGACCCUCAGACACAGCUUGGGCUACUCGAUGGGACAAAUACCUACACAUCAUCGACCCGAAAAUCCACUGGUUCUCACUCAUCAACUCGACAAUCUUCGUCAUCUUUCUAGUUGGCAUGGUCAGCAGCAUACUUGUUAGAGCUUUGCGGAAGGAUAUCGCCCGUUAUAACCGGCUCGACAACAUAAACCUGGAUGAUUUAUCAGGCACGUCGGCUGUGGGUGAUGAUAUCCAAGAGGACUCGGGCUGGAAACUGGUUCAUGGCGAUGUGUUUCGCAGUCCACGCUACAUUCUGGCGUUGAGUGUUCUCCUUGGUAAUGGCGCACAGCUCUUCGUCAUGACUGGCGUGACGGUCGCUUUUGCCAUGCUAGGAUUUCUGUCUCCCUCCAAUCGGGGCUGGCUCACAUCGAUUGGCCUUCUCUUAUAUACCAUGUUUGGCUGCAUCGGUGGCUAUGUUUCUGCACGCGUAUACAAGAGCUUUGGAGGCGAGAAAUGGAAGCUCAACAUUGCAGCCACUCCAAUCUUUGUGCCUGGCAUUGUAUUCGGAACCUUCUUUCUCCUCAAUCUCUUUGUGUGGGCCAAAGGAUCCAGCGGUGCGGUUCCUUUCACCACGAUGCUAGCAAUCAUCGCCAUCUGGUUUGUGAUCAGUGUGCCGCUGAGUGUGGCCGGAUCUUGGUAUGGUUUCAAGCAGUCGGCAAUCGAAGCUCCAACACGAAUCAAUCAAAUUCCACGUCAGAUACCGCCAGUUACUCGCUCCCUUCGACCUUUGCCUUCAUUGCUCCUGACAGGAAUACUCCCAUUCUGCGCUAUCUUCGUGGAACUGUACUUCAUCAUGACAUCGUUAUGGACGAGCAAGAUCUACUACAUGUUCGGCUUUCUAUUCAUUUGCUACGCGUUGAUGGUCUUGACGUCCGCGUGCACUACCAUCCUCCUUGUAUACUUCUUGUUGUGCGCGGAGGACUACCGCUGGCAAUGGCGGGCAUUCCUUGGUGCUGGGAUGACUGGUGGAUAUGUAUUUGUGAACGCGCUGGGCUUCUGGGUGACCCGAGUGAGCUUCGGAGGUUUUACAGGAGCUGUGCUGUAUGUCGGAUACUCCGCGCUCAUCAGUUUUUUGGUCGCCGUGCUGUCUGGCACCAUUGGCUUCUUUGCAUCCUACGCAUUUGUCUACCGGAUUUACAGCUCUAUCAAGGUUGACUGA